AUGUAUGGUGAUUUGGGCAAUAAGCUUGUCCAACACGCAAAAAGAACUCAGAACUUGACACACUUGCCGCCGUACCAAACCGAACUAGUCCGCGCCGUUACACGAGAAGUUCGCGAUUUAGAUAAAGAUGUGGCGGACAUGCUAGAGCCGUUCCAAGGGUCAUUCAACCCAGCCGAGGAACCAGCCACGGCCUGUACCCUGCUUGUGAACCACUUGUCCAUGCGGAGGAAUAAACGUUGUCUGCUCGCCUAUCAUCGAACCCGAACAGAUAGGCUGGAAGAACUCGUCUGGAAAGGCUACGACGUGGUUGAUCUUGCCGGACAACAAGUUAAGGACGGCCCGGGCGGAAUGGGGGCAGGCACUGGGGGCACAAGCAGUUUGAGCCCGCAAGAGGAAGAUUACGUGCGCCAAUAUAGCGAUCUGCUAGCCGCAUACAAAGGCCAAUGGACAGACAUUGAUCUCACCGGCAGCCUCGACCCUCCUCGUGACCUAUUCAUUGAUGUGCGGGUGCUGAAAGACGCCGGGGAAAUUCAGACCGAAUAUGGCGCCAUUACACUCACCAAAAACAGUCAGUUUUAUGUCAGGCAGGGUGAUGUGGAACGACUAAUCGCUCAGGGUUACCUCCAAAAGCUCAGUUGA